AUGUUUUUAGUGAUUGAGGGUAUCGAGGGCGCAGGAAAGACCACAGCGAGCAACUUCAUACGCAAAGAAUUAGAAGAGUCAGGCAUAGAAGUAAUCCACUCAAGAGAGCCGGGAGGAACUGGAUUAGGGGAAGAAAUCCGCAGACUUCUAUUAAACCCAAAUACCACGAUGAAGGAGGAAGCCACACUACUCCUUUAUAUGGCAGCACGUGCACACAACCUGACUGAAAAAAUCGAACCUGCCCUAGAAGAAGGCAAGGUCGUAUUGUGUGAUCGCUACUUUGAUAGCACAGUUGCAUACCAAGGGAUUGGUCAAGGCAUGGGAGAGAAAUUCUGUCGCGAUCUGCAUGAGACGGUAUUUGGUAAUCGACGCAACAACGGAAACCCUGACUAUGUCAUAAUCCUGUUAGUCUCUCCUAAAGUAUCUCGUGAACGGGUUGCGUCCCGUGGUGAAACUUUAGAUCGUUUUGAAAAAGAAAAAUACACAUUCUUUAAAAAGGUUCACACAUAUUACCUAGGUCUGCGAGAAAGAAGCCUAAGAGGAGAGACAAUCCUCAAAGGAACAACAUACUACUUCGUCGAUGCAGAGCGAAGUAUCGAGCAGGUCUCUGCUGAAAUAAAAGAAAUCCUACAAGAAGUACUGGAGUACGGGUACGUCAAAGAAGAUCGAACAAACACGGGAACUAAGUCAAUAUUCGGACAUCAAAUGCGAUUCGACUUAGUUGAGGGCUUCCCUUUAUUAACAACCAAAAAAGUACACAUGAAGUCCAUCAUCCACGAACUCUUGUGGUUCCUCCGAGGGCAUACAGAUAACAAAUAUCUCAAAGAAGUAGGGGUAUCUAUUUGGGAUGAAUGGGCUACUGCUGAGAAGUGUGCAAUCUUCGGACGUGAAGAAGGUGACCUCGGCCCUAUCUAUGGCAAACAAUGGCGCAACUUUGCGGCUGUAGAAGAAAACACAGAUGCUGAAUCUGAUCAACGCUAUGUCCCUGUGUAUGUAGAUCAGAUUGCUCGAUUAGUACAUCUGCUAAAAACUGACCCUAAUUCUCGUCGCAUGAUUGUCUCUGCAUGGAACCCAGCGGAAGCGGAUAAAGUAGCACUGCCUCCUUGCCACACAAUGUUUCAAUGUUUCACUCGACCUCCGAAUAAGCGUGAAAUUCUUAAGUGGCAGACUCAACACCCGAAUGCGACCGAAAUACCUAAACUGGCCAUCGACUUGCAACUGUAUCANCUAUGGUUAAGCCUGAACGGAGUCAAACGUGUAAUCGCAUCUGCUGGCGCUGGAAAGAGUACAACGCUAAUUGCACGUGCCCUCUUUAUGAUUCGAGUCUACGGAGUUCGUCCAACUGAAAUCUCGCUGAUUGCCUUUAACAAUAAGGCAGCGGCUGAGUUACGUGAGAAGUGGGCCAAGCUCCAAGAGGCUGCUUAUACGGAAGGUCUUCGCACACAAAUGCAGUCUGCCUCUGAAGACAUCGAGAUUGACUUUGGUGCAGUACCCAACUCAUUAGGCUCAAUCAACGUCUCAACUCUCCAUGGUCUCGGAUUCUCUGCCAAUUACCGUGUAUCUCAUCUUCGUCAAGAAAAACAAUCAAUCAUGUCGGAGUCUCAGUCUAUCAAGCUGUUCAAGGCAAUAGCACGAGACGUACUAAAAGACGCAGCCCGAAAUAUGAAGGUGAAUGAGCUGGUUGCUGGCUACUACUACAUCGAGGACUUAGUCGCUAAGAACUUGAUGCCCUUAAUCAUGCACGACCCUCGAAUAAAGAACGAAGCUCCAGUCUAUCAGAUCAACAAUUUUACCGUUCAUGAAAUCUCUAAGCAUGGUACACUGGUGCCUGACUUUAACAAGAUGAAGUUGUCUGCCGAACAUGAGCUAUCCUCAUUCAAAACGUGGAACACUGCAAUCGGGCAAGCCAACGCACGUGCAGCCAUGGAGCAAAUCAUCGAACGCCUUUAUCAAGAGAAACAUGAAAGCCAUGUGAUGUCCUUCUCUGACAUGAUCUUGAACACCGUGUACCAUCUAUCUCGUAACGAAGACAUCUUGCGUGAAAUGCGUAAGUUCACCCGCCACGUAUUGGUUGACGAAUCACAAGACUUGGACUGCCUACAAGCAGCCAUGGUAAUGACCGCAUAUCAAGACAGCCUUACUCUAGUGAUCCUCGACAGACUCUAUACACAUUCCGAUUACGACUCGACAGACGCAGUGCCUAAAUGUUCUGCUAUUCCUCGCUCUAUCUCUAUCCGACAAUACAACACUACCAAGGAAGAGUUCGCAGCGGUGGCAGAAAAGAUACGUGAGCUGAAGAGCGCAGGAGUGGCCUACAACGACAUCUUAGUCCUCUCCCGAUCAAAUCGAACGCUGUCUCAACUCGAACCCCACAUGAUCUCGAAGGCAAUCCCGUACAAACUCCGCCUAGACCGAAAUUCCCCGAUUAACCAGUCCGCGUUCAAGUUCCUUUAUUUAGCCUACUCUAUUAUCAACAACCCUUCUGACAAGAUUGCCACUGUCUCCGUCUUUGAGAACGUGCGAGGAUUCGGGGCUAAGUAUCUCGACAAGCUGGAGGACAACUUAAAAGACUUCCACAAGAUGGGCGAUGCAUACGAACGAAUCGACUACCUCAAGAAGGUGAUCAAUCAGAUUUCCAACCGUACUCAGAAAGACAAGGCGCUCAAGGUAGCGGUCUCUCUAAUCCAAACGCUCUAUGAAAUCUCAGAACGUGUCCUACGCAAUGGGCAAUCAUUGAUCAUCAUUAACGACAUCAUUCGUCGUGUGCUGGAUUCUAACUUCAACUUCUCGAAAUCCAAACUACAGAAGGCACAAGAGUCAGAAGCGUUCGACGGGAAAAUCCUAGAAGAAGAGCUGGACGAAAACCUCCCCACGUUAGACCUUGACAAAGAAUCAAUGGGCCGAGCAUUCGAGUUCACCACAAGCAUUUAUGAGUCAUUCAAGGAAGCCAAUCGAGUAGACGUAGAGAAGGUCUUAAACGAUCUAGGAUGCAAACCUGACGAUGGGCCGACAAAUCCUUUUGAUGACACACCUGAGACCUCUCUAGACAUGAUCGCAGAAAAGGUUCGCAAGUCUCGUAUUGAGUACGAUGCGGAGCCUGAAGAAAUGAUCUUCGCUAAGGUCUACUCUUCUCUCCAAACAGUCUAUGAAGGGGAUGAGCCUGAAGACGAGAACGAGCCACAAACACGUUCUAGCAAGAAGCAAGUCAAUCGUGUGAUGCUGUCUACAAUCCACUCUGCGAAAGGGGCUGAGGCUGAUUAUGUGAUAUGGUGUGGCUUAGCUCCUACAUCCCCUAUCAGCACAAUGGAAUGGGAAGCUGAGAAGUGCUGUCACUAUGUAGCACUGACUCGCCCCAAGAUUCAGAUCUCCAUUUCCUCUUCUGUCAUGGUAGAGGACUUUAGUGGAAAGCUGAAGCGUGCAGCCGAGAAUCCUUUCCUAGGUGAGCUGGUGGAAGGCAUUCAAGAGCUGAUUCAACGCAGCACGAAGUAA